AUGGGAUGGUUUCGAUAUUUACUUGGUUUUCUGCUAGUUCAUUUAACUUUAGCUGCUAUUCGUAUGAGUCAACCAAAAAUUUUGCUACCAUUUCAUCCACGACAUGAAACAAAUUUUACAUUAGAAGCAACGGAUGGUUGUUUUCUUUGGUCAUCAUCACGUCCAGAUCUUGUUCGUAUUGAUCCAUUAGAACCAUUUUCGAUAAAAAAUGGUGAAAAAUGUUCACUCCAUGCGAAUGUUAUAGCACAUACAAAACAAUCCUUACGUGCAAGUGCAACAGUUUAUGCUCGAGAUGUUUUGACUGGACAAUCAGUUCGAUGUGAUGUUAUUAUUGAUAAAAUUCAAACUAUUGAAAUUGUUUAUACAACAACACGAUUAUAUUUAGAAGAUGCACCGGAAUUAUUUAAACUUCGUGCACAUGAUCAACAUGGAUCAACAUUUUCAUCGAUAGAACAUUUUUCUUAUGAAUGGAGAUUAUUAAAUGCUGCUAUUGUUGAUGAUCAAAGUGUUAAAAAAUCAACAAGUACAACACUUGAUGCAACUAAAGUCAUUCGUAUACUUCGUUUAACUGAUUCAUCUUAUGAAAUGAGUGAAACAGUUCGAAAUCUUGAAUCGCAUGGUUCAUUAUCAUAUGAAAUUCUUCUUGAAGGUCUUCGUACGGGAUCAGCAUUUGUACAAGCUGAAAUUAUUGAUAAUGAUCUUUAUCAUGGUAUUCGAACAAAACCUGUUCGUUUAUCUGUUUCAGCUAAUGUUCAAUUUUAUCCAUCAACAGAUGUUUAUUUACUACCAUAUUCACGUUUAGCAUUUCGUCUCUAUCAAAUAAAACGACAAGAAUCAACGGAUAUAACUGAUUUACCAUCAACACGCAUUCUCUAUGAAGUUAAAUUAAUUAAUAAUGAUGCUGGAUAUUUAGAUGAUCAAACACUUCUAUUUACUGCAACAGAUCAUCCUGAUGAACAAUCACGUGUUGAAUUAAUUGAUCGUAAUAUGAAAGCAAUUGAUAAUGAUACAUAUGAACCAACAUCACUUAUGAUACGUAUUGUUAAUAUUGGUUAUUUAUCAGCUAUAACAAAUUCUACACGACCAUGGAUAUUUCAAGUUGGUACAUAUUAUCUUAUUACUGUUGAGAUGUUUGAUGUUAAUGGUAGAAAAAUUUAUCCAACUGAUAAUAUAGAUUUAUCAGCAUCAAUUCCAAGUGAACAUCAUAAAACUUGUUUAAAAUUAAAAUCUUUAUAUCAAAAUGGUACACAAUAUAUUCUUCGACCAAAUUGUCAAGGAAGAUUUGAAUUAGAAUUUCAUCUUAAUGGAAUGAAACAUAAUGAUAUUAUGGAAAUGCCAAUUACAGCAUCAACAAAACAAUGGUUUGAAGUUUAUUUACCUUUAUCAGCACAACCGAAACAUGUACUUUUACCAGAAAAAACAGCAGCUAAAGAUAUAAAAACACCCUAUUGUCCAAUUAAAGUAUUGGGUGGUAGUGGAGAUUAUACUUUUACAUCAAGAGAUACAAGUGUGGUUACUGUUUCUUCAACCGGUGAUUUAAUGGAACAGACAUCUUUAAAUUCCACAACAAUUGAUAUAUUUGAUAAGAAAUCUCCUGAAUUAAAUGCUACAGUUUCAGUUCAAGUUGUUCAACCAGAUGAAUUUCAUUUAUUUGCAUGUCCCGUUGAAACAGAAUUAAAUUCAUUACUUUAUUUACCAAUACAAUUAUUCUAUAAAAAACAAGCACUUACAUGUUGUUCACAUCUUAAUUUUGAUAUAUUUAUUGAUAAUAAUAUAUUUCAAUAUCAAGGUAUUAUUCCAUCAAAUGAACAUACAAAUCAAUCAUGUGCACUUCUCAUUUUUAAACCACUUAAAAUUGGUUCAACAAAUAUUCGAGUUAAUCUUAAAAAAUCGAAUCUACAACAAACCAUACAAUUAAGUGCCUAUGAAAAUUUACAUAUUAAUCGUAAUCAAUUAUUAUUAACAACAAAAUCUCGAUAUACCCUACAAUUAUCUCAUGGUCCAACACAUAUUCAUGAUCAAGAAUCAAUAAAAUAUGAUAUAACACCAAUUGAUCAUCAUGUUGAAUUCAAACAAGACUCAACAAAUCCAAAUUUAUUACAUAUUAAAUGUGUUAAACCUAUUCAACAUGGACAAUAUCAUAUAACAAAACAAAAUCUUGUCAGUAAACAAAAUCUUUGUCCAAUACAAUCAACAAUAUCUAUUGAUAUAACAUGUCAAUCAACAAUUCAUUCACUUUCAUUUGAACCCAUACUUAAUUCACAAUGUCCAUUAUCAAAUCGUGAUUAUAUAAUAACUUAUUUUGAUGAAAUUUUACCGGUAAAAAUCAUUGCUUAUAAUGAAAAUCAAAUUCCAUUUGAUAAUUUUACUUCAUUAAAACUUGAUUGUUCAAUAAAAUCAAACGAAGAUCUUGCUGAUCUUCGUUUAAAUAAUCCAUUAGAAAUCAUUCCAAAACAAAAGCCUGGUAAAAUUUUACUUCAAUGUUCUAUUGAUAAAAUAGAACAACAAAUUGAAAUUGAAUUUAUUUCCAAUAUACAAUUAUUAAAUUCUGUUAAAUUAAUUUAUAUUAAUGAAUCAUUAUCACCAUUAGAAAUUUCCGGUGGUUCAGGUUAUUUUAAAUUUCAAACAAAUGAAUUAGCAACUAAUCCAUUAAUACAUUUAAUUAUAACAGAAGAUAAACCACGAUUAGUUUAUAUUAAACCAUUAAAUUUUGGACACACAACAUUAAUGAUUAUUGAUCAAUGUUUACCAUCAUCAAAGAAAAAACUCGAUGUUAUUAUAUCUGAUAUAGAUCAUUUGAAAAUAUUUGGUCGUAGUCGAUUAGAAUUAAAUACAACGUCAUUGGUUUAUGUUCAAGCUAUGGAUAUAGAUGGAAAUUUAUUUAAUUUAACAAAUAUUUAUCAUUUAAUCAAUAUAGUUAUUGAACAAAGUCGAAAACCAAAUAUUUUAUUUAUUGAAUAUGAACCGAAAUCAAAUAUUGAUCAUCAAACCAUUGCAUAUAGAAUUCAUACAUUAGAUAUUGGACGAACAAAUUUAAGAUUUCAUACAAUUCAUAUUAAAAGUAAUUUAAUUGAAUUUGAAGUCUAUGAAAAAUUACGUAUUGAACCACGUGAAUUAAAUGUUUUACCAUUAUCAACAAUUCAAUUAAAAAUUAUUGGUGGUUCACAAUUAUCAGGAACAACAAUUGAAUGGUUAACAAAUGAUACAAAUAUUGUAGAUUUAGAAACAAAUAAUAUUUUUAAAACUAAACAUAUUGGUCAUGCAGUUAUUCAUGCGAAAUCAAUUGGAAUCGAUCCACUUUUAGGAGAGUCUGUAGUUUAUGGUGAAGAUUUCUGUUCAAUUAAUGUUGUUCAAAUUCAUUCUAUUCGUCUUCAUAUACCAACAACUGAAGUUCUACCAAAUAAAUUUGUUCCAUUAACUGUUCUACCAUAUGAUCAUAAGAAAAAUCCAAUAGUGAUAACGGAUGUUUUUCUUCAUUCUCUUGUUUUUACAUGGUCAUUAACAAAUACUCAUCUAGCACAAUUUCGUCCAAUUAUUGGUAAUAUAUCAUCAUAUACUCGAACAUUCGUAACAAAUAUUGAAACAUUAAAUACUGGUCGUGUUACUAUUGAUGUUCGUUUAUCAACAAAUUCAAAAAAUUUAAAUAAAUUAUUAUUAAAAUCUUCACAUGAAAUAUCAAAUUCAAUUGAAUUAAAUAUUCUUGAACCAUUUUAUUUAAAUCAUUUUGAUGAAACACGUACAAUAUUACUUGGACCCAAUUCUCGUUUAAAUUUAUAUCAUAUACCAAAUGAUAUUACACUUGAAUUAUUAUCAUCAUCAAAAAAUAUUCAUUUUGAUGCAGAAAGUAAAACACUCGUAACAGAUCAAAAUCAAUAUGGUGAAGCUGUUCUAUAUAUGAAAUAUCGUGGAAUCAAACAAGAAAAAAAAUCUCUUAGUUCAUCAAUUGUUGGUGCUUAUCUUGUACAAGUUAAACCAAUCCAUUAUAUACUUUUACAAAGUUAUUUACCUCAAGAAACUUCAGCUUUAUUUUCUUCAAUACCAGUGGAUUAUAAACUUCCAUUAACGGUUUCUUAUCAUGAUGAAUUAGGCAGACGUUUUGAUGCAACAUCAAUUUCUCUUAAUACAUAUUCUUAUCGUCAUGAUAUGAUCUCGACUAAUUCAAAUAAUACUCAAACAUAUGAAAUUGUUUCAUUGAAAAAUGGUUCAAAUAUUCUUGUUUUUGAUGGUGGUUUAGAAAAUUUACGUGCUUAUUUACCCGUACAAUCAAAUAGUGGUUUUGUUCUACCAAAAACAUCAAUAUCUCCAUUAAAACAAACAUAUUAUAUUGGUGAUAUUGUAUGUUUUGAAUCAAAUUUAAAUAAUGAUGAAAAUAAUAAAGAUCGUUGGACUGGUGAUGAUGGAAUGUAUGUUGAUUCAAAAUAUGGUAUUGGACAAAUGAUUAUUGAUGGUGAACGUCAUUUACAUUUAAAAAUUGAUGGACAAACAAUAACAAGUGAACGAUUUAAUGUACAAGUACCAAAUGAAAUUAAAUUAUAUAAAGGAACAAAUGACUUUCUAUAUGAUGGCGAAGAAGGUAAAUCAUAUUCUUAUCCUGUGAUAUUCGGUGCAAAUUCUAAAACUAAUCUUCAUGGUUCAUGUUAUCGUGAAGGACUUGAACAUGCACAAUCAUCUCGUACACUUCGACCAUUAUUUGAAUGUCAUCUUGAUUUUGUUAAUAAUACAGCGAAACAACCUAAAGCUUCAACAUUAUUUAAAACUCAACCGAUAUUUGAUCUUGAUCAGAUGAGUUGGGCAUGUCAAAUAAUUAGUAAAUCAUCACAUGAUUCAAGUACAUAUGAUGAUUCAUUACGUUUAAUUAUUCAAACACCAUAUCAUGUAACAUCGAAUGAAUUAAUUAUACCUUAUCAACCAAAAUUUAAAUUAUCUUCGUCAUCAUCAAUAUAUCUUUCUGAAGAACAUCCAUUUAAUUCAAUAUCUGUAUCAACAUUACCAAUAAAUGAAAAAUAUUUACAAUUAGAAUCAUCUGAUCCAUCUAUUGUACGUGUUAAAAAAAAUUCUACCGAACCAUUUCUAUAUAAUAUUGAAUUACGUCAUGGUGCUAAAACAAAUAAUCAAGACCAAAUUUAUAUUGAUAUUAAAAAUACUUUAACUGGACAAAAUCAACGUAUACCAAUUAAAGUACAAAAACGUUUUAUUGAUAAUCCAAUUGGACGUAUAUUAGCAAGUCUUGCAUUAUGUGCAUCAUUAGCAUUAAUUGUCUAUGGAUUAGCAAAUCGUAAACCUUCGAUAUCAACAACAACAGCACCUCCAAUAAUUACAAAGCAAAUAUCAUCAACACCUCGUGUUCUUCAUUCUCCGCCAACACCGAAACGACAUUUACUUUUUGAUGAUCAUCAUUCAAAUUCAUUUGAUUCACCAAUAACAACUCAACAAUCUGAUCAACCUGUCGUAAGACUGUAUUCAGCACAAGAUUUACGUUCACGUUCGAUAGCAAAUACUCCUCGAUCAGCAAUCAGUAAUAUGACAUUACCAACAACAGAUGAUAGAGAUCUUCGAACACGUUUACAAAGACUUUAUGAAUAA